CUUUUUGUGUACUUCUGGAUGUCCAACCCAAGUGCUUUGCGAACUUCGGUUGGAAAAACUUUGUACAAGGUCGGUAAAAAUUAUCUAGUUGUUAUAAGAGGGGAACAUAUUCUGUCUAAAUACUGUUUUGUUGAUUCACUUGAAAAUCACCCCAUUUUUUCGGGUGUGUUCCACGUGUGGCCGAACAGGCCCGUUUACUGAAAUAGAAGCAACAAUGUCGACUAUGCUGAAGACGUUCUAUGUCGUCUUGGUAUUAGCAUCUUUUGUUUUUAUUGGCACUGCAUUCUUCUUCAUGUUUACUGAGCAAGGAUAUCGCUUUGACAUUGGCUGGUUCCUGACAGCCACAUCACCGCAUAUGUGGGCAGCUUUGGGCAUUGCUUGCGCCUUGUCUUUAUCUGUUUUGGGAGCUGGAUGGGGAAUAUUUACGACAGGAGUAUCAAUUUUGGGCGGUGGUGUGAAAGCGCCUCGAAUCCGAACUAAAAACUUAGUUUCAAUCAUAUUCUGUGAGGCUGUUGCUAUUUUCGGCAUCAUAAUGGCAUUUGUAUUCCUUGGUAAAAUCCAUGGAUUCAAUCGAGCUAUUGCGUCAGAUGUGGUGCUGUCCAAAAAUAUCGCUAGUGGGUACAUGAUUUUCGGUGGUGGACUUACUGUUGGUUUCAGCAAUUUUGUGUGUGGCCUAUCCAUAGGCAUUGUGGGCAGCGGUGCAGCCUUGGCAGAUGCUGCAAAUCCGGCUUUAUUCACAAAAGUUUUAAUUAUUGAAAUAUUUGCUUCUGCAAUUGGCCUUUUUGGUAUGAUUAUUGGCAUAGUGCAGACAAAUAAGGUUGCGAUGGGUGACCAAAUUUGACAGCGAAAUUGGAGCUCUUUAUCAUUUGCAACUUUUUUAUCUGUGGUUUUAGCUUCUGAGGAAGUUUUGGUGGACGGGAGAUUGUUUUGGAAACAAUUUCCAAAUUUAGACAGCGUGUGUGAUUCACAUGUACUGCUUGAUUACCUGUCUCAUGCCAAGUAUUUCUAGAGAAUAUAUUCCUUCAAAGAACAGGAAAAGAAAAAUAUAAAGAAGUAGGCGAGGAACAAUGUAUUGCGAGAGUUAUUUAUUUGGAUUUAUUGACUUUUUGCAUCGAAGAGCCCCACUUUUUAAUUAGGACUAGUUUUGUACAAUUUGCCUCUAAUUUUUAUAAAAAAAUUCUGAAAGUAGUGAAAACACAAAG